GGGCGGGGAUUGGCGGGGGGUUUAGGAGGCUCCGGUCCCGGUCGCUCGGUGUGUCAGUCGGUCAGCAUGAGGAGCGCGAGGACGCUGCGGCAGCUCGCGACUGUUUCCAGACGGAGUUUUCAUCUUCAUCAUCAUCUUCAUCAGCAGCGGUCAGCGGGGAUCAUCGGAGCUCCUUUCUCCGGGGGACAGCCUCAGGGUGGAGUGGAGAGAGGACCGGACCUGAUCAGAGCUGCAGGCCUGCUGCACAGACUGCAAGAGCAAGGCUGUGCAGUGAAGGAUUAUGGGAACCUGGUGUUUGAGGACGUGGUGGAGGACGCGCCCGUGGGCGGGGUAAAACGUGUACGGGCGGUGGGCAGCGCCAACCGGAGGCUGUCGGAGGCGGUGCAGGAGGUGAAGAAGGACGGACACACAUCAGUGAUGCUGGGAGGAGACCACAGAUGCAGGCGGCUCUGUUGGCGGCAUAUGGACGAAGCUGUGAAUCUUCUCCCAGGUUGGGCCAUGAAUAAACAACCCAGCAAGGAGAGUCUUAAGGGCAAGGUGGAGGAGAUCUUUGGGCUGGGACACCCGCAGCCACCGAGCAAACAGAGUGAAACCAGACCAUCCGAGUUCAUCAUUACGACUGACAUCAUCAAGGAGCACAACUGGACUGCGGAAUACGGCAUCCAGAUGAGAUAUGUGCAUAGCACUGAGACUGUCAUUUGA